AUGCCGGUGAAGAAGAAGAGAAAAUCCCCCGGGGUGGCAGCGGCAGUAGCGGAAGACGGAAGCCUUAAGAAGUGUAAAAUUUCCAGCUAUUGCAGACCUCAACCUCCUGCUAGACUAAUAAGUGGAGAGGAACAUUUUUCAAGCAAGAAGUGCCUGGCUUGGUUUUAUGAGUAUGCAGGUCCUGAUGAAGUUGUAGGGCCAGAAGGAAUGGAAAAGUUUUGUGAAGACAUUGGUGUUGAACCUGAAAAUAUUAUUAUGUUAGUUUUAGCAUGGAAAUUGGAAGCUGAAAGCAUGGGAUUUUUUACCAAGGAAGAAUGGUUAAAGGGAAUGACUUCAUUACAGUGUGACUGCACAGAAAAGUUACAGAACAAAUUUGAAUUUUUGCGCUCACAAUUGAAUGAUAUUUCAGCUUUUAAGAAUAUCUACAGAUAUGCCUUUGAUUUUGCAAGGGAUAAAGAUCAGAGAAGCCUUGAUAUUGAUACUGCUAAGUCUAUGUUAGCUCUUCUCCUUGGAAGGACAUGGCCACUGUUUUCAGUAUUUUACCAGUACCUGGAGCAAUCAAAGUAUCGUGUCAUGAACAAAGAUCAGUGGUACAAUGUAUUAGAAUUCAGCAGAACGGUCCAUGCAGAUCUUAGUAACUACGAUGAAGAUGGUGCUUGGCCUGUUCUUCUUGAUGAAUUUGUUGAGUGGCAAAAAGUCCGUCAAGCAUCAUAA